GGCGCCGGCGGGUGACGUAAGCGGAAGGGCACGUCACCCUGCCGCGGAGGCUGAGGCGGCGCCGCCGGGCGAGAGAAGAAGCCCUUGGGAUAAGACAUGUCGUGGAUCAAAGAAGGUGAGCUGACCGUCAUAGAGAGACUUUGUGCCAACAUUAUUAAGGCAGGUCCCAUGCCCAAGCAUGUUGCCUUCAUCAUGGAUGGCAAUCGCCGUUAUGCCCAGAAGUGUCACGUGCAGAGACAGCAGGGGCAUUCACAAGGCUUUGAUAAAAUGGCACAGACACUACGGUGGUGUUUAAAUCUGGGUAUCCAGGAGGUCACUGUUUAUGCAUUUAGUAUUGAGAACUUUAAACGCUCCAAGGAGGAGGUGGAUGGACUAAUGGAUCUGGCAAGACAGAAAUUCAGCCGCCUACUGGAAGAGCAGGAGAACUUGAAGAAACAUGGUGUGUGUAUCCGUGUCCUUGGGGACCUGCCACUUCUGCCACUGGAUAUUCAGGAACUGAUUGCCCAAGCUGUGCUGGCAACCAGAAACUACAACAAAUGCUUUCUAAAUGUCUGCUUUGCAUAUACAUCAAGGCAUGAAAUCAGCAAUGCGGUGAGGGAGAUGGCCUGGGGGGUGGAACAAGGACUGCUUGAACCCAGCGAUGUGUCAGAAUCUUUGCUUGAUAAGUGUCUGUACACCAGCAACUCCCCUGACCCAGAUCUCCUGAUACGAACCUCCGGAGAGGUCCGGUUGAGUGACUUCUUACUCUGGCAGACAACCCAUUCAUGCCUGGUGUUUCAGUCAGUGUUGUGGCCAGAAUACUCCUUUUGGAACCUGUGUGAGGCUAUCCUUCGGUUCCAGAUGAACCACAGUGCUUUACAGAAGGCCAGAGACUCCUACAUGGAGGAAAGGAGGCGACAACAGAUGGAAAGGGAUCAGGCUUAUGUGACACAGAAGCUGCAGCAGGAGGGGUUUGCAUCUCAUGGAGACUCUCGGCGUCGACGGACACUGUUGCAGAAAUGUACCACCAUGCGGGAGGAGAGAAUCCAGGGCUUUCUACAGGCACUAGAGCACAAGAGAGUGGACUUCUUUGAAAGAUUGUGUCCAGUGUCUGCAUGACAUAGGUGCUGGGUGGUUCUUGGGAAGAUGGUUUUUAACUAUAUGAGAAGCAACAGCUGCCGCCCAGAGGAAUUUGCUUGGUGUGGCCCUGCAGUCGGCAUGCAGGGCUGCUGCAGGACUUUACAUCCCCAGCGGCACUAUCCACAUGCUGCUGGGGAUGUGCCAGCCUUCCUAGUUCUGUGAAUGCCACUGAGGAAAGUAAUGUCAUCUUUCUGUCUUGCCUCUGUGCCCCUGAUGAUAGAGAAUGCAUGCUCCCUGCUUGUUCUCCACUCUCUGGUACUUUACAGGCCUGGAUGUUUUGGGGGGCAAGUCGCUUACUAGAAUGAGCUUCCAAUUCUGUUAGGCUCCUCGUGACUUGGCUGAGGCAAAGCAAUUCAGUGCUGUUAAAUCGGGCUGGACUCGAAUAUUUCUGUGGCUUUGCAGUGGGGAAUCUUUUGGUAAGAUUUCCUUUGCUGGUUCCAUGAGGUGUCCAACUUCCAUUCCAUAUGGAAAGGAUUAUUCCUGGUGUAUAAGGGGCCUGUACCAAGCAGUGGCAGAGAUACUCCCCACUCCCUAAUAGCAUCUUGUCUUUUUUUCCCCUCCUGACUGCUGGGUUUGAGGUAUCUGCUCUUGGUUUCCAAAGAACUAAAUCAAGGUGGUGAUAGCCUUACUAGGAAGAAGGUACAAAGCUUCACCUUGCUGUCAGGUCCUGUGAAAUCUUAGCAGUGGGGGCAGGAGGGACCCAAAUGCACCAAAAGCAUAGUUGCUGUUGUUGGAACAGAUUAAUCCUUUUGUGGGAAGGAGGGGGAAGGCUCCCAGGAGGCAAGGAAAAAGGAUUGAUAGGGACCUAAAUUAAUAGCUUAAAGAGGAAAAGAAGUUAGCUAAAACCAGGUGAUGGUUUCAGUAUGCCAGAUACAUGUGAGACCUGUCUAAAGCUAUGACAUCCUGCUUCCAGGGUAUUGGGAUAGGCUUAGUUCAGCAAUACAGUAGCCAAAACUAACCUAUUCUCAAUCAAAAUGGUUUAAAAGUGCUAUACGGCAGAUUUGAAUGGGAGUGGUUGGAGUAGCCGGGGCGUGGUAUUUGUUCUCAAUUCUCUAUCAGCAGGAGAUGGACUAGCUAAUCUCCAAGAUUAUUUCCGUCUCUAACUUCUCCUGUUUCCGUCCCCACAGAAAAAAUCAACAGAAGAUGUUGUCUUGCUUUUGUUUCUGCUGCACGUACAGGUGCAGCAGUCGCAGCCAUUGCUGUUUUUUUUAAAGAGUUCCUUUUUACCUCCAGAUGAGAACUACAAAAUGCAGAUUUAAAAGAUUAAGUGCUGCAAACUCAGCACACUGAAUGUGAUUGUGAAGAGGAUAAUUAAGUUGUCAAACCACAAAUAAAGCAUUUUCGUACCAAACAUUUUUAAAAUAAGCUGAGCAUUUAAAACUCUACAGAACUUCUUUUCUAAGUUCUAAUGAAGUUGGCAUCCAGGUCUAAUAUGCUGUUGUUUAACCUGUGACAGAUUCCUUAUCUGAUUCCUGUUAAAACAGAAAGGAUUUCAAAGCUGUAUUCUUUUACAGCACUAUCUGAGCAAUUUGCUGAUGUCCCAAGACUUGACUGAAUGAAGCACUGUGCAAAUACAUCCUCUUGCGUAAGUAGCCAACAGUAGCUUGGAUGACAGUAUGCUGAGUUGAUGGGAGGUGACAAUUUAAACUUAUUUUGUGGUAUUUUGUCUAUCUUUACAUUUUUAUUUUCCUUUAUGUUUUUAUUUUGUCUGUCUUUAUUUCAGGAAGUUGUCUGUGGAAAUAGUUCUUAUUCUCUGUGAGAUUGAGCACUCUCCAGUGGGUUUUGCCAGGCAGAUAGGGAGAUUGUCUUCUCUCCAAGAACGUAUAUUUGCCUUGAAAAGAGGGGGGGAAAAAAGAUCAGUAAGUCAGUUGUGUUUAUGAUAGUACAGACAAGCAGAACUACAGUGGUGACUUUCUGCAGAGGAGUAAUACUGUUGCAGCUGUGGUAAUUGAAGGAUAAAAGUUGCACAAGGUUUCGAGAGAGUUUUGAUACCUUUUAUAAGAGUGAUUGCUGUAGCUGAGAAACAUCAAAACCUUCAGGCCCACGAGUCCUUUAGAAGAAGGUGGGGGGAGCUUGUGGUAGUACCUGACAGUUUGUCUUAUUCCAGUUGCAUUAGUUACUGUAAUAAAAUAGUAACUUUCCUUGUAAGCUUUGCCUCCUAAAGGGUGGACGUAAGUUACAAAGGCAAACCA